AAAAUAAUUUAGAAAUCAACACAACAAAAUGUCUUACGGUGAAAGUGAGUAUGGUGGAAGUGGAAUUGAAUCUGAUGAAACCGGGUAUGGAAAUCGAUCCGAAUAUGGAAAACCCAAAAAGUCACAUGGAUCUGGAUAUGGACGAAACGACGAUGAUGUGCCCAAAUCUGAAUAUGGAUCGGGUUACGGGUCAAAAAGUACUACUCAUGACUCUGAUGAUCAGUACGGGUCAGGUGGAUAUGGGAGCAAAACCGGAUCCGGUGGGUAUGGAAAGAAAAGUGAAUACGAGGAUAAGAGUUCGGAAUAUGGAAAUGAAUCGGGUGGAUAUGGGAGUAAAACCACAUCCACUGGGUAUGGAAAUGAAUCGGGUGGGUAUGGGAGUAAAACCACAUCCACCGGGUAUGGAAAUGAAUCGGGUGGAUAUGGGAGUAAAACCACAUCCACCGGGUAUGGAGAUGAAUCGGGUGGGUAUGGGAGUAAAACCACAUCCACCGGAUAUGGAGAUGAAUUGGGUGGAUAUGGGAGUAAAACCACAUCCACCGGGUAUGGAUCAGGGAACGUAAGAAAGAGUGGUGGUGAUGAUGAUGAUGAGGGGAAAAAAUCAGCAUAUGGGUCAAGUUAUGGGCGAAAGACCGAUUCUGAUGAGUAUGGAUCUAGUGGGUAUGGGAAAAAGAGCGAAGGUUAUGGGAGUUCAACAAUUGAGAGGCCUAGUUAUGGUAGGUCCGAGGAAGAUGACUACAAGAAGCCUAGCUAUGGGAAGGGCGAUGACGAUGAUGAAGGCUAUGGUCGCAAGAAAUAUGUAAGUAGGAGGCGAUUCUGA